AUGCCGCCCAAACGCCAGUCGUCCGCAUCGUCUACAAACUCCACCACAGCUGCCCCUGGCGCUGGAUCAUCCGGUGAUUUCUACGCAGCAGAUGAGUUCACGAGGACAGUAAAGAAGCGAUUGGCAACCGCUACAAGAACAGGUCAAGCCUGCGACCGCUGCAAGGUCCGCAAAAUACGAUGUGACGGAUUACCAGGAGGAUGUUCGCCAUGCAUGCAAAAUCGUACUGAGUGUAAAACCACGGAUCGAAUUUCCCAAAAGGCUGUACCACGGGGUUAUCUGGAAGCUUUGGAAGCUAAAUGUGCGCUACUUGAGCAAAAGAAUAAGGACAUGGAGGAUACGCUGGCGAGGAUGGGAAUGGAAAAUAGGAAUAACGGUUAUCAACCUCGAAAUAAUAACCCAAACCCGGACUGGGCUUUAAAUGGGAGUCGGCCUGUGGUCAAUGACCGAUGGGGGAACGGUCGGAAGGACUUUCAGGCAACGCCCACGGCCUAUUCUUCCCCUAGCACUGGAUGCUGCACUGCUACAACGAACGAUAGGCUCUGCAAUUCCAUAAGGACAGCAAGUUUUCGACCAGGAAGCACUAGCUCACACUAUCUUGGAAUAUCUUCUGGGUCUUCGUACCUGAGCUCUAUUAAAGCAUCUGCCCUAUCGCUUCUUGGUAUCGACAUUGAUCUAUCAGAUUUAGACCCCAACGAGCCGAAUCAUCCUUCGAAUGCCAAUGAUGAAACGUUCAGCAGCUGUCUAUCGACUAUCUUCAAUGUCAAUCCAAAUGUUCCCAAGGUCGAAUUGCCCCUUAAGGAAAAGGCAUACGAAUAUGUGAAUUGGUUCUUUGCGGUCUCUCAUCCUUAUCUUCCUAUUCUCCACCAACCAACAUUUAUGAAAAUGCUAGAAAGAAUAUAUACAGACAAGACUUACGAACCUAGCCCUGCUCAGAUUGUAAUGGUUCACAUGAUUUUUGCAAUUGUGGAUUUCCAAAACGCAUCACAGGACCGCAUGGUCAAUCGCGGUCACAAUACAACGUUAUCAACCGAAACAAUGCAACGUUCACGGAUGCACUAUCAUUACGCGCUUUCCUUUUUUUACGGGCUUUUAAAUACCUCUGGCCUGGAGGAUCUUCAAGCCAUUGGCUUGAUUUUGCAGCACAUUAGGGGGUUUCCAAAGCCUGGUGGAAGCUGGCUUCUAUCCCGAAUUGCUAUCUCCAUGUGUUUCGAGCUUGGUCUCCACCGUUCACCCAAGAAGUGGGCAUACUCAGGGUCGACGAAUCCAAUCGAUAUAGAGCUCCGGAAGCGUGUGUUUUGGUCUAUCCUCACACUGGAGGUCUCGUUGAGCGCCAGACUAGGCAGGCCAAUGAGUAUCAGGGAAACCGAUUUUGAUGUGGAAUAUCCGGAGAGGCUUGAUGACGAGUUUAUCACAGAAACCGGAUAUGUCAAGCGCGAGGACGGCAAUGAAGACUGCGCAUUUGAUGUUUCUAUUGAAAUGUUCAAGUUUACAUCUCUUUACAUCGAGAUGCUUGGUACACUAUAUGCGCCUGCGAGACCUUCAAGAGAGAAAUAUGUUUCUUUGGUUGAAGAGCUUGAAGGAAAACUUAUAAAAUGGAAGGAACAAGCCCCCAAAAGCUUGAGCCUUGAUUCUCCAAAGCCAGAGAAGCGCUUUCAGGCAGCCCAUCUACAUUCAUGGUUUCAUGAAUGCCGAAUUCUUAUGCGUCAUCCUUCAUUGAGCCUUUCGCCGUCCCCAUCGUUUACCAAUGACUGUAUUCGUAUUUGUGUUGAUUCGUCCCGACAAAUCCUGCAUCUAACCGACGAGCUGCGCAAGGGUAGCCACUACCUUGACACUACAUGGUCUGGUGCUACCAUACAGUUAUUGGCAACAUUGACAAUUUUGUUUUCUGUAUGGGAGAAGAGGGAUACUGUAACUCCAGAUGAAGUUGUCCAAGUCAAAACCGAUAUGGAUCUUUGCAUGGACAUUAUGGGUGAUGUCGGAAGUUUGCUUGGUUCGCCGAACAAGCUCAGAGAAGUUGUGCAAGUCUUGACGCACGGUACAAUGGAGCUGCUUAAUCGAAAGAGGGGUGAACAGGAUCAGCGGGCACAGCCAGCUUCACGCGGUAGCCACAAUUCUCCAUAUCCACCAUUCACUGCCGGUCCUCCCCCUCCAGGAUUUGUCCCAUCAUCUACCGGCGCAUCAAAGAUGCCUCCAACUUCACACAUUACAUCCGAUCAAUAUCCUGCGGUUUACAACGCAGUUCAUGACCUUCGAGGUGGGCAUAUCCCUAUAUUUACUGAUGCCGCGAAUAUGGGAUCACUGCCGGAAGACCAAAGUUUUGGUCAUGUCACUACAAUGGGACCAGCCCCAUAUAAUGGCUUUGCUCAGCCCCCAGUUACCUUUGCAUCAACGACCGAGCCCCCGACUGCGUCCGCCUUUGGUUGGUGGUCCGGCAACGAGUCAUGGCGGGAAUACGCACAAUGCAUAAGUACAAUGGCUGGAGAGUUGGAUCCAACGGAGACAUAUUCAGCUUCAGCGCUCAUUGCUUUAGGUCGGGACUGCGAUAACGGCAGUAUAUUGCGUCCUGAUGCAAGUUCACAUAAUGGGACGCCCAAUACUAGUGGUAUCAGUCUGGGAACAGUUAAUGCGACAGGCAGCCCAGGUGCAUCUAUCUCCACAUCACGUAAUCCUUAUCCCCCACAAGAGACCACCAGUGCCUCUUGGCCGAUACUAGCCGGGAGCUAUGGAUACGCAGACAGCUCAGCCCUGAGGGGAGUCGGUGGUGAUACUGGGAAUAAUGGGUCCUAA